GAGUACCUAUUGAUCGACAAAUACUGAACUGUCACUGUCAGCCGAUCAAAAUUUUUAUUUCAUUUUUCCCAUUUGAAAUCAAAUCUGCUAGCAUUCGGCAUUCCGCAAGUGAUACUGAAGAAUUAUCUUAUCAUAUUGUAGUUCAACUUCAAAAGAAUUAUCGUGGGUUAUCGCAAAACCAUGGAAGAUCUUAGCGACGUUUUUGUCACUGCGUUGCCUGAUUCUCCCUAUGUGAAACCUCUAAGAUUUAAUUUUACUCAGAAUGGAAGGAAGAAAACAUGGGACCUCCUCCAUGUUCACGACAGUGUGGCUAUUAUAGUAUUUAAUGUAUCUAGAAAAGUUAUGGUAUUCGUGAAACAAUUCCGUCCAGCUGUUUACUACAAUUGUAUAUCAGCCAAUGAUCGUCAGAAAACUGAGAUUGACACAGAGAAGUAUCCAGCAAGCCUGGGCAUCUCCCUAGAGAUUUGUGCUGGGAUCAUAGACAAAAAGUUGCCUGUGGAGGAGAUAGCUAGAGAGGAAGUUCUGGAAGAGUGUGGCUACAAUGUGGAUGUUAAUAGUCUGCAAAGAGUUGUAUCUUAUAGGUCAGGGGUCGGAGUCCAGGGUUCUCUGCAGACCCUGUUCUAUUGCGAAGUCACCGAUGAGAUGAAAGUUGAAGCGGGUGGAGGCAUUGAUGAAGAACUGAUAGAAGUUGUAGAAAUGAAUAUAAAUGAAGUGGAACAGUAUGUGAACUCUUGUGGGCCCCUGUCGAGCCCGCCGAGCUGCCUGUUUGCACUGAUGUGGUUCCUGCAUCAUAAGGCGAACAAAUUCAGGAAGUAGGUCCAAUGUGGUAAUAGUACGGUAGAUGUUGUCAUUCGAAUUUUACUAUCUUGCUCACAAUUAAUUGAUCUACAUCAGUUUUAUAGCUGGAUAGAAUUUUGAUGACCUAUUUACCAAAAGAAUAUAACGUGUUUGCAUAAUAUCAUAAUGAUGGUAUUUUAUUUUAUGAGGCACAUAAAUGUUAAGAUUUAUUAAGCUAUGAAUUAUAACUAAGAUAAGACCAUUAAGUAGAUAUUUUUCACUAUUAUUUAUGACAGAAUUUAUGCUCAAUAGCCUAAAGUCAUCCGACAUCACAUGAGUAACUACUGCCAUCUAGUGGGAAGCAGUUCCAUAAAGACAAUUAACUAAAUAAUCAAUCAUGCUCAAGUCUUCUCAUGAUAUCUUAGUCCUCUGGAAGCAAGUGGUGGUCUAUGAAAACUAGAUUGGUAUACAAACAACCUAGGACCUUUCGAUUACUAGGCGUCCCACUAGGCCAACACUGCUUCAAUUCACCUUUAUUCAUGGUUUCAAUGUUUUUAGGUCGUAUCAAUGAGUCGAAUUAAGGUUCCUUGUCAAAUUAACAAAAAAAUAUUUGAAUCACAUUCUCCAUAAACGCCGAAAUUUUGACGGGUCAGGAAACUUGUACCAUGAUAUUAUUACUGCAUUAUUUUCCAGAAAAGUGCAAUGUUUAUGUAAAUGUUUAUGUUUUACGACAAACCAUAAAACGAGCAUAUAAUUUGAAAGUGCCCUGUGCACUCUCGCUUAUCAGAUGAAAUUGUAUGGUAACAAAUAUGUAUUUACCUAUUGUUUUCAUGAUAAAGAUUUUUUUGCAUCAGGUCCUACAGACUCACUUGUGGAGAAUGCAAAACGAUUGAAGUAUAAUGUAUGUACUUCUUAUUAUGAUUUGUACAGUAUUUUGUAAUGUAUUGUAGAAGAAAAUAUUUUAGUUAUAAUUUGAAAUUGUAACUUCACUAUCUACUUAUAUUGUUACUAUCAUUUGAUUGGCGCUUUUAGUAGAACACAUAAUCAUGUGAGUACUAUCGUGGUUUAUAUAAUGCAAGAAAUUGUAAACCUUAUCUUCAACAUGUUAAGAACUAAAUUUUAUUUUUGUUAUAGCGAAGUGGCCUUGAAGUGACCUAUAUUGGAUGGGCUAUUAUAUUACUUAUCUAAGUGCUGAACGUUUUAGUUGAGACAAGAUUUUGAAGGAACUAUAUGAUAUUCGUGUCGGCUUAUGGUUGGUAAUAAUUCUUCCAGAUAAGCGAUUGAUAGAACUAUUUAAUAGUUUAUUUAAUUAAUACUAUGAAUAUAUUGAAUAUUUACUGAGUUUCCCUCCGUGGGAAUUUUGGGAUUCCGGACAGCUUCAUUCUUCCGCUGUAUGUCCGACUGCGUCAGUCUGUCCGGAUCCAUCAUCCGAGAAAAAACUGACUAAAAACCAUACAUCUACAUACACUGUGCAUAUACUAUCCUCGGAAGUGUCGUCGGCGGAUUGUGUGGGUUUGCAUUUCACUUCUCACUAUCGAAUUGAUUCGAAGUGAGACUCUGCAAACCAAUCACAUUGAGGUGUGGUUGUCGUUGCGUCACAAUGGCGUUCUGUGAUUGGUUAACUGCGUCUCACUGCGAAUGGAGUCGACGGUGAGAUGUAAAUAGCAAAGUCGCACUCCGUUUACCGUGAGUACCGUGAGUACCCCCAUUAACCGUGAGUAUGGAAAUAUCGGUACAAUUAUAGUUUUAAUGAAUUUGACACAUAAUGUGCAUUGCCUUAAAUAGAGAAUAGAAUGGCAGAAUUUGAAUAAGUGUUCUAUUGGCGAAUUUUGCGCCAAACCCGAUUUAUUCCAAUGCUUCCUAAAGAUAAACGAAUCUAAUAGUUUUUAGUUUUCUGUUUUUCUUUCAUAAUAAUAAAAUAUAGAUUUCCUGUUGAUUUAAUAAGUUAUAUAGGUAUUUUGUGUAAUAAAGACAUUAAUUGGCAUUUUGGGAAUAUACAGGUGAAUGUCCUAGUCACUAUUUCAAUGUUUUUUUUAAAUCAUUCGAUGUUACACAACAUGUGUACGUUUCUAUAGAUUUUGUUAGCGUCACGCUAUUAUGAAUAAUAUUGUAUAAUAAAUGUUCAGAUUAUUUCGACACAAGAUUUUAUUCAAAUUAUUAUAAACUGUGAUUUUAUGCCUUGUGAUUAAAGUUAUCAUUAUGAA